CGCAACAGCAAAGGGUGUUCGACACCGUGUACAUUUGUAUAUGACAUUCCGACUGCGAUUCAGUGUGUUGAAUUUUCAACCGGUAAAAAAUGAGCUCCGACAUCGAAAGUCACAUUUUAAGAAAAUAUGAAAUUAAAAGGAGGUUGGGGAAAGGGGCCUACGGGAUUGUCUGGAAGGCAAUUGACCGACGGACGGGCGAGAUUGUUGCCCUCAAGAAGAUCUUUGAUGCGUUCAGAAACCAGACAGAUGCACAACGGACAUUCAGAGAAAUCAUGUUUUUGCAGGAAUUUGGAGAUCACAAAAAUAUCAUUAAGCUGUUGAAUGUGAUGAAGGCGGAUAACGACAAAGACAUUUACUUGGUGUUUGAAUACAUGGACACAGACCUGCACGCAGUCAUAAAGAACGGCAAUAUACUGAAAGAUAUCCACCAGCGAUACAUAAUGUACCAGCUGAUUAACGCUACAAUGUACCUGCAUUCCGGUAACGUCAUCCACAGAGACCACAAGCCCUCCAACAUUCUUCUCGACAGCGAAUGUUUUGUCAAGGUUGCCGAUUUCGGCCUAGCGAGGUCAAUAACACAACUGGACAUUACUCAGAGCGAAAGCGAUCCAGCGCUCACAGAAUAUGUAGCAACUCGGUGGUACAGGGCGCCUGAAAUUCUCCUAGCAUCCAAGAGAUAUACCAAAGGAGUGGAUAUGUGGAGCGUGGGUUGCAUCUUGGGCGAGCUGCUCCGCGGCAAACCCCUCUUCCCCGGAACGUCGACGCUAAAUCAGAUCGAGCGAAUCAUGAAUAUCAUCGACGCUCCCUCAAAGGCUGAUAAAGAAGCUAUCGACUCCAACUACGUGUCCUCAAUUCUCGACAAAGCCUCCGUAAGACAUAGGCAGUCCUUUGAGGAUAUCCUUCCCAAAGCACCGGCCGAUGCCAUCGACCUGCUGAGGAGACUACUCCACUUCAACCCUGAGAAGAGACUAACUGCUGCCGAAGCACUCAAACAUCCUUAUGUAGCUAAGUUUCACAAUGCAGCUGAGGAGAAGGUACUAGACUACGAUGUCGUCCCUCCCUUAGAUGACGAUGUCCAGUUAUCAGUCGGCGAGUAUAGGAGAAAACUGUAUGAGAUGAUCAAAGAGAAAAAGGCGAGACAUCGAGAGCGACUAAGAGCCGAGGAGAAACCCCGAGAAACCCUGCCCCCUGCAGAGCCCGCCCCCGUCGCUGCAUUACCGCCCCAAAACAACCACGUAGCCAGCAAACAGAAAACAGUAGUGGGCGCCAGUGGGGCCGCGCCUCAGCCCGCACACACAGGGGGCCGGUCGACACGGCCUCCUCUUGCCCAGGGGAGUAGAUCGGCUUCCCUUCUGCCAAACAAGAGACCUUUGCAAACAAAUGGUCAUUCGCAUUAUCAAACAGGGGUGGCCAUUGGUAGGGCCACCAAGGAUCAGGGCCAAGUCAGCAGCCCAGCUAGGACACAGGCCCAGGCUGGCCAGAGAUUCCUAGCCAGGCAACGCAGUCUAGAAAACAUCAAUGCUACUGGUAGCGGAAGUGAGAAUCACGCACAGCAAUAUCAUUCCCCAAAUCACAGUUCCCGUCAUUCUGCGGGCCACCAUCGUACAAGAUCGUUCUCCGCCGGUUUACGCCACCCUCAAAUCACCAGAGACACUGACAAGAACCCUCUCGGGCUCACAGUGACAAGCUCCAGAGUUGUCCCAGGCCACAGACCCGUCUCGGCCAAGGAAGACCGGCCCAGACCUUCCUACGGUCGCAAGCAGUACGGUGCUAAGAACGCUCCCUCGGCUGGCGUUCCGAAGUCCACGCUCGGCAGCUACUCCCAGGCCCACGGGACGAUCACGGCAAGCGGUCUGGCCAAGAUCAAGACUAUGAAAUGGUAAUGGUUCCAUCGCAGAAGACAAGCAUCUGUGUACUUGUUCUACAUAACCCCCCAGGACAGACACACAAAGGGAGAACAACAGAUACUUUCAGUCCUCAGGAGUUGGGUCUUUUGUUGAAAACGGUCCUCUGUGGUAGGUUUGUGUGCUUAGUCUAUGGGAGUGUGUUAUAUUACAGGUACAAAGGAAAACACAAAGCAUUGUCCUCGGGAGUAUAGCAAAUCAAGAGUGUGUGCUCUGUACAUGUAGGGGUACACUCUUGAGGCAAUUUUCCCAAACUUGGCCUCUAUAGUGAGUUUCCAAUGUAAUAUUUAGAAUAAGGUUUUAAUUUCCUAGUUUUAUAACAUUCAGUAGGAUUCAAAUAUAACAUGAGGGUGAAAGGAUGAUAUUAGUGCCCGAGGUAUUGGAAAUGGACAAACUUGUUACCGAGGCAAAGCUGAAGGAACUAGUUUUUCAACUUCCAAAACCAAGGAACUAGUUUUUUCAACUUCCAAUACCAAGGGGGAGCUAAUAUCAACUAUUCACCCGAAAUAUUAACCAUGUUAUAUUUUAUUUUGCUAUAUCCAAUAAAUAUUCAACAAAAAUUCUUCGAGUUAAGCAUCAGUUAUCUCAGCAAAUCGUUGCUGCGCGCAUGAGCGGAGGUGAUCCAAUUAAUGGCUUUAAAUGGGAACUCGCUACCGGUCCCCAUAUUAUGGGAGCGGGAACCAGUCUAGGGCCGAUUGAUUUUGGAUUAGGUUUGUGGAAAGGUGUAGUACAAAUGAAUCAUAACAUUUUGUCUUUCAUUAAUCAAAGCAUGAAGGAUAUUGAAGUUCUGCAAAACAGGGCUGAUUUUAACCGGUUUUGGAGUUUGCCAAUUUUUAUUUUUUUAAAG